UCGUCUCAUCAGCAUCCAUCUACACAGACAGGUAGUUCAUCUUUCCAUCGAUUUUUCUUUGAUCAGUGGCUUCGUCGCGAGCCGGAUCCUCCGUGUUGACCCGAUGCGACCGCAGACACGCAGUGAAUUUACGGUCGCGAUCUUCUGCGCCUUGCCUCUCGAGGCGGACGCCGUCGAGGCUCUCUUCGACGAGACGUACGGCAGACUCAACGCCGUGUAUGGCCGGUCGUCGGGCGAUGCGAACACGUAUACCACGGGCCGCAUCGGCCAGCAUAAUGUCGUGCUCUGUCAUCUACCGGGGAUGGGCAAAGGGACCGCAGCAAGUGCAGCGUCUGGUCUGAGAGCCAGCUACAGUGGGAUCGAGCUUGCUCUCGUGGUCGGUAUCUGUGGGGGGAUUCCAUUCCUGCCCACUGGUGAUCGUGUCCUUCUCGGCGACAUCAUCGUCAGCGACUCCGUGAUCGAAUAUGACUUUGGCAGACAGUACCUGGAUGGAUUCCAGCGGAAGACGGGCGUCAAGGACACGCUAGGACGGCCGAAUCGAGAAGUGCGAGGCAUGCUUGCAGCCUUGAAGACGACCAAGACGCAGACCGAGUUUCGUGACCACAUCUCUCGGCAUCUUCGCACCCUCCAGCAGGCGAGCUCGCAAUGGCAGCCGCCGGGCAACACGGACCCUGUAUCCGUCCAUAUCGGAACCAUUGCUUCGGCCGACACAGUGAUGAAGUCUGAAGAAGACCGGGAUCGGCUGGCAAGAACGGAGGGGGUGAUCGCCUUUGAGAUGGAAGGCUCCGGCGUGUGGGAUGAUUUCUCCUGUGUUAUCAUCAAGGGCGUCUGCGACUACGCCGACAGCCACAAGGACAAAGAGUGGCAGGCGUAUGCCGCAGCAACGGGGGCGUCUGGCGCCAAAGCGUUUCUUGAGCAUUGGCAGCCUAUUUCUCGAAAUGCCGAGAAACUUCCAGAUGCACUGUGGAUGAUUCCAUUUCUGAGGAACCCGCGAUUCGUGGGUCGGAACGACGAGAUCUUUCAGGUCGAAGAGCUGAUUUCACGAACAAACGGACCAAGAAAGAUUGCUAUCACCGGGCUGGGAGGCAUCGGGAAGACACAAAUCGCCUUGGAACUUGCGUAUCGUGUACGUGAGCACAACCCGGACUGUUCGGUUUUCUGGAUUCCGGCAACCAGCCAUGAAAGCAUCGAACAAGCCUACCUGAGCAUCGCCCAAAUGCUCGGCUUGCACAACACGAACGUGGCGGAUGUGAAAACCCGAGUCAAGAGGCAUCUGAGCGAGGAAUAUCAUGGGAAUUGGCUUCUGAUCUUUGAUAAUGCCGAUGACAGCAAUAUGUGGUUUCCAGACAGCAACAACACCGCAACGCCCGCAUGGAAAGACUUUCUCCCUCAAAGUGAGCAGGGCCAUGUUCUUUUCACCUCCCGCAACCGAGCAUUGGCCACACGGCUGGUCUCAUCCAGUGUCAUAUCCAUUGCCGAUGAAGACGAGACGAUCGCGGGAGAGAUUCUGGAUCAGCUCCUCAUUGACAAGAGCCUGCUGGAUGACAGGUCUGCCACAUGCACCCUUCUCGAACAACUUGCCUUUCUUCCACUUGCCAUCGGACAAGCGGCGGCGUACAUGAACCAGAACGGGAUCGGCCCGUCGCAGUACUUGGAUCUUCUUCAGACACAGGAGCCAGAAGUCAUCGAUCUAUUGGGUAUGGAAUUCGAAGACGACUGGCGGUACCAGGAAAUGGAGAGUUCUGUGGCCUCGACCUGGCUUAUUUCACUCUCCCAGAUCCAGAUACGAAACCAACUGGCGGUCGACUAUCUCUACCUAAUGGCUUGCAUUGACUUUCGCAAUAUUCCCCAGUCUCUUCUCCCACGAGCGCCUUCGAAAAGAGAAAGGAUCGAGGCACUAGGGCUUCUCCAUUCUUAUUCUUUAGUCUCCGUGGAUCCUGGUAGCGACGGUCCUGUCAGCCUUCAUCGACUUGUCCGUCUUGCAACCCGGAACUGGAUGAGACGCAAUGGACAUUUCUCCGAUUGGAUCGAGAAGACAGCAGAUAGGUUCAGCCAAAAGUUCCCAACCAGCCACCACGAGAAUCGGAUGUUGUGGCGCGAGUAUCUCCCCCAUGCGCAGUCGCUGUUUGGAGAGAGUGAAUUCCAGCAGAGAAAGGAUCAGCAUGCCUCGCUUCUCAGACGGGUGGCGUGCUGUCUGGAUGAAGACGGAAGGCUGAACGAAGCCGAAAAACUCAUCUAUGAUGUGAUCACCAUCGAGCGCAGAAAGGGCCGUCCUCUCACUUCCAUCAUGGACAGCAUCAAUCGACUUGCAUGGAUUUAUCUGCAUCAAGGGCGGCCAGAGAGAGCGGAACGGCUCCAAGUCAAGGCGCUGAAUUCGUACGGCACAGUCCUUGGCCGUGAAAACAACGACAUCCUAAGGGGAAUGCAAAUCCUGGGGACGCUCUACUCUGAGCGGGGAGAAUAUACCAAAGCCAUCAAGCUUCUGCAUCAUGUGGUGGACGGGUUUGAAAGGAAGUUUGGGCCUGGCAACUACAGGAUACUGGGCAGCAUUGUCACUCUUGCAUCGAUCUACAAUGCGCAGAAAAAGACAGACGAAGCCGAAAGACUGAGCCUCCAGGCGUUGAAUCUUGCAAGGGACUCCCUGGGGCUAGAGCAUCCCAAGACCAUGAUCAGCAUGUACAAUCUUGCCGAGAGGUGGCAUGCCGUUGGCCGACGGAAUGAAGCUCUUGAUCUGAUGGCCGACUGUGCCCGUCUCCGUGAGAAAUAUCUCGGCCCCGAUCAUCCUUACACCAGAAUGACAGCCAGUCGCCUUGCCGAGUGGAGAGGAGAGCAAGACUCUCUCGGUGGUGCAGAAAGUAGCGAUGGGCAGGAGAUGGGGAUGGAGCUCGUCUAACAUCAGAGCCAGAUCAAGGAGAAUGUUCUUUCAUAAGAUUGAAUUCAUCCUAUAGCCUGCUACAUUCAGAAUCUAACGCUGCAUACCAAAUUGGACGCCCUAGCACGCCAAUUCCCUCUACAAUAUCUGCCCUCAUGUGCCUACCCAGCUAGUACAUGAACAGAUUCCUCCAUUCCAGGCUGCUGCAAAAGCAUACCCCGGCGCAGCUUGUCAGAGGGUCUGCUCAGACUGAGCGAUCAAUUCAUCUACCUCCUGCUGGGUGGGCAAGUUUACGAUCCACAUCCCUCCGACCCAUCUUCUUCACCCUCCUCCCCUUCUCGUCUCUCUGUCUGCCCUUGG